AUGCACGUCCUUCGGCUCGUGUCGCUCUACGGUGGAUAUCCUCACUCGCCAUAUUGCUUCUCGGACGGAAGCUACUGCAGUUCCGGAAACGAGAGCUCGGUCACUAUCGCCAACACCGGCUAUGGCAGCCCCACUGAGCCCGUCUUCAACGUGGACUUGGGAUAUCAGUCUAGUGUUGGAUCUCCCGCCUACUACGUUGAGUUCUAG